AUGUCCGACUCAACGCACACACCUCGCAAAGAGCCCACACCUUCGACCUCCAGAAUCCAUCCCCCAAAGGGUGCUAAACUCCGCGACAAAGCAGCAGCAGGGUUCAUCCUCUCCGUCGACGCCUUACGCAAAUGGGCGUCCAAAAUCAACGACCCGGAGUAUGAUGAUUACGACCCCAAUGAGGAUCUGGACGGAGAACAGGCGUAUGGCGAGAUACUGCGUCACCUUGAAGAACACGCCGCCUACCGCGAGGCUGUGAUCCAUUUCAUCGAUGGGGAGCGAGAGGGGGAGUUUCUGCUUGUUACGCAGAUUAAGUGGAUUAAAGGGAUGCAGGGCUGGGAGGGUAUGCCGAAGGAGCUGCUGCCUUCGUUCGAGGAGGAGGCAGAGGAGGAAGGUGUUAGAGAGAGAUUUAAGAUGGAUGGCCUGGACGAGAACGAUUUCCGCUUUGAUUCGUGCACGUUGUCGGAUGCCGAACGAUGGGUUAUCGGGCAGCCCUUUGACGAUAGUCAUAUUUAG